AGAGAGAGAGAAAGAGAAGUUUCCAAAAACAACAAUUAUCUCUCUAAAUAUUAUAAUAUUCCCUAGUCCCCCCACUCACUAACUCAGUACCAUCAAACUAUAUAUAAUCACCACUUUGAAUCACCCAAGGCAACAAACCAAACCAAAACCACCAUAAGCUAACAAACAAACAAACACAGAACAGAGAGAGAUGUUUUCAGAUCACUUACCUUCUUCAUCUCAAGUCUUCCAAGAACACUUCAUCUCCAGAAAAUUGCUUCAGCAGUUUCAUCACACCACUACUCAACAAGCUCAUGUACCUGAUAGGAACAACUUGAGCGGCAACGUUCUCCUGCUGCUCUCUAUCCUUUUAUGUGGUAUCAUCUGCUCUCUCGGGUUGCAUUACAUCAUUCGCUGUGCAUUCAGACGCUCUCGAAGUUUCAUGAUCUCUGAUCCCAUCUCUAGCCCCUCCACACCACGAGGUUCAGAGGAAGUAAGCAAAGGGAUCAAGAAGAAGGCUCUCAAGAUGUUCCCAGUAGUCAAUUACUCACCAGAGAUUAACCUCUCAGGGCUCGGCGAGGAGUGUGUCAUCUGUUUGUCUGAUUUUGCUGCCGGAGAACAGCUACGUCUGCUUCCCAAGUGCAAUCACGGUUUCCACGUUCGCUGCAUCGACAAAUGGCUUAAGCAACAUAUGACUUGUCCGAAAUGCAGACACUGUCUGGUUGAGACAUGCCAAAAGAUCUUAGGUGACUGCGAUGAAGCUGAUCAAGUGCCAGCGACCCCAACUGAGAGCAUAAGUAUUAGAAUUGCUCCUCUAGAACCUGAAGCAAGAGUAGCCACUUUUAGAGAAAGCAGCUAGAGUAUGCCAACAAACAAUCAUAUUUCCAGAAUAUGGUUCCCCAGCAAGAUUAUAGAUUUUUAGAUUUGAACACAAUUUAUGUCUCUAGCCAUAGGAUUUCAAAACUAAAUACACCAGAGUUUUUUUUUAUUUGCAUUUUGUUGUGCCUGAAGCCCAAAGUGUACAGAGAAUAUACCUUAAGGCUUUCCUAGGAAUCAUAAGUUCAUCAGACUUAUCUUUUUUCAUUUUGGGCGGAAUCUGAUUCUUAA